GGAGGGAGAGAGGGAGGCGAAAGAGAGGGACCGUCCGCCUGCUCUCUCUCUCUCUCUCUCUCUCUCUCUCGAUCGCUCGCUCGCCCCGCCGAACGCGCCGCCGCCCCCGCUCGGGGAUGAGGACAGACGGACAGACGCAGAGCAGGUCCAGAAGUUGCUCUAUGACGCAUGCGCGGAGGAGAUCUCUGUCCCUGCUGAGCUCUCUCCCCACUGGCCGGGAACCACUUCGGGUGGAAGGCAAGAGGAUGGAGCGGCAGGAGGGCAACGAGCCAGGGACUGCUCCAGAAGUUCCAAGCCUCCCCAACCUACAAGAUCUUCGGAAAAACUACCCCCUUCGGAAGCGGCUCCUGGGCCCAGGCAAGCCCAAGACCUGCAAAGUACUAUUGACCCGCCUGGAGCAUGUGGCCAGCCCCCGGGGCAAGGAGGCCUCAGGUUGGGCUGAGGAGCUGCAGCCACUUACACCUGGCUUGCCUGAAACUCCAGUCCCAGGCAAGGGUGAGACAGUUGGGGAGCAGGAUGCCGGGACUGAUAACACCCUUCCCGAGGAACCUCGAAAGAGGCGUCUUGCUUCUCUCAAUGCCGAAGCCCUCAAUAACCUGCUCCUCGAGCGGGAUGAUGGGGCUGGGCUUGCUGCUACCCGGCGAUGCCGAGGGGAAACUAGGAGGGCCCGAGAUAAAGUAAGUGGGAGUUGGGCCUCGCCCGAGAAGCCGGUCCCCAAAAGCUUCAAGGGACGGAGCCGAACUCGGGCAGCAAGACUCAAGGGUAGUAGUAGCCAGGACAUUCUGCCUGAGGAAGUCUUUGAAGACAGUGCCCGCCGCGAAGGUGACACUGCUCCCAAGAGACUGGCCAGCCUGAAUGCAGCAGCCUUCCUCAAGCUGAGCCAGGAGCGGGAACUGCCGCAUCGUGCUCCUCGAAACCACCCCGAUGGCGACGUCCGGCCUGACUCUAUAGGCCCUAAGACACUGAGGCUUAAAUGGGCCAAAGCCAAUCGGAAAAACUGCGUAAAGGCUAGGCAGGAAGCUGCCCUAGUAGGAACUGAGGGACUGCCCAGCUGGCAGAUCCCCCAUGAGGGAAGCUGGCCGCCAGCUGCUGCUUCUGGUUCCCCUAGGUUAUGUGGCAAAGGAGAGCCCCUGCCCUAUGAACCCUUGAGCCACUCGUUCGAGAGCCCUGGGGACCUGUACCACCGGCUGCCCCUGCUGAUGGGCGGGCAGGCUGCCAUGAAGCCAGAGUACGGGCGCCCAGGAGAGAAGUCUCCCACUCCCAAACAAGACCUCCACCAGCCCUCGUUCCCUCUCCCCCAGCUGCCCCCGCUGCCUGUGCCCGGCAACCACUCUGACUACGGCUGCUUCUAUGGUGGCCCCGAGCUUACCACACUGAGCGGGGUCUACCUGUACUACGGUCAAAGCGGACUGCAGUGUGGGGGCUACUCGCCCUGUCCUGUGUUCCCAGAGGGGGGAGAACUGUCCCCUUCUGCCCCCUGUGAUGGGCUUCUGGUGGCCCCCAGCUCCCUGCCUACAGGGACCCCCUUCCAGCACCCUCCCUGGUGUUCAUCACACUACUGCUGUGGAGAAGGAGAAGGAGUGAACGGCUACAGCCUCUGUGGGGUUCUCCCCAUGCCCCUUAGUCGCGUCAGCGGCCUCCAUGCCACUCACGGCAGCUGUCCCUACAAAAUGCCUUUCGCAGCAGAGAGCUGCAGGUCUCUGGACCAGCUGGACCUCACGAUCCCUGUGGCUGGCCAUCCAGCUUCACCUGCCCACCCCCUCUCAGGAUGUCCUGUGCCCAAUGUGCCGCCUGCAGCUGAGCCCGUCCCCCAUCUGCAGACACCCAAUUCAGAACCCCAGACGAUGGCCCGGGCAUGCCCACAAAGUGCAAAGCCUCCCAGUGGCUCCAAGUCUGGCCUGCGUACGGCACCCAGCUGCCUGCACCCCUCUGAAACCAAGGCAGUGAGCGGGCACAGCCACCAGAAGCAGCAGCGCAUCCAGCGUCGUCGGGCCACCAAUGGCUGGGUGCCCGUGGGGACUGCUUGUGAAAAGGCUGUGUAUGUUGUGAACGAACCUGCGCCAGCCAUCCGAAAGAGCUACCAGGCAGUGGAGCGUGAUGGAGAGAUGAUCCGGGUCCGGGAUACGGUCCUUCUGAAGUCAGGACCACGAAAGAAAUCCAUGCCCUAUGUGGCCAAGAUCUCUGCCCUUUGGGAGGACCCCAAAACAGGAGAGCUGAUGAUGAGCCUACUGUGGUAUUAUAGACCAGAACAUACUCAGGGAGGCCGAAAUCCCAGCAUGCACCAGAAUGAGAUCUUCGCAUCCCGCCACCAGGAUGAGAACAGUGUGGCCUGCAUUGAGGAGAAGUGCUAUGUCCUGACUUUUGCAGAGUACUGCAGAUUCUGUGCCUUGGCAAAACGUCGGGGUGAAGGUCUCCCUGGCCAGAGAGCAGCGCUGGUGCCCCCCUCGGUAGAGUACUCUACCCCACCCCACCGCACAGUGCCAGAAGACACAGACCCUGAGCUGGUGUUUCUUUGCCGCCACGUCUAUGACUUCCGACAUGGCCGCAUCCUCAAGAACCCACAGUAGCUGCCCAAUCCCCAGCUCGGGGGGGAAGAGCUGGCAAGGGGCAUCUGGGGUGGGGGGUUCCCCAUAUGCCAGGAUGGCUUCCCCAGGGCAAGGACGGCAGCAGCUCAAAGCACAGCACUUGGUUAGAAAGAGCAAAAGGGACCUGGUGGAGGUGUCUUCUGGUUCGGCUGCGGGGGUGGGUGAAGCUGAGCAGGCCAUGUCUCUUCUGGUCUAGCAGAGGCCAGGGUCCAAGGAAGGUACCAGGCUCCCCCUGGAAGUCUUUCCUGUGGUGUCAUAGGAGGAAAUGCCUGGAUUGAGCAGUCUCUCCUGAGGCUGUGGAGCCUGACCCAGAAGGGGGUGGGGUGAGAUAGGGCAGGGCAUCGGGAGAGUACUCCUGGCAUAGCAGCCCGCCCUCAGUGGGAAAGGGGGAGUGGGAGGCCAGCUUUACCUCGCCACACUGUGACCAGCUGCUGCCCACUCCUGGGAGCUCCCUUUCCCUUGGGCAGGGAGCAUUCCUGCUCUCCCAUGCUCCCCCAGGCUCUGAGCAGACCCCUGAGUCCAAGCCUCAGAAAGCUAGAGCCUGUCUUCUUGAGCACUUGAUUCCCUCUCCCUGAGCUAGGGGCCUGCUCCCCCACCCCAGGCCCCUGGCGCAUCCCCUCUCCACUUCUCAUCCCAGUCACCCCACAGUAUACUUCUGCCAUGGGGUGAGGGCAGGAGGGAGCCCAGCAUGGGCCCUGCCUGGCUGGAGAUGCCUGGGCUUCCCGUCCUCCUGGCACAGAGAAGGUGCCCAGGGGCUCCCAGAAGGAAACUGCCCAACACAGGGUGUGUGUUGU